AUGUCAGAAUCAUGGCCUUAUGCACCCGGUAGUACACCAAGGACUAUUUAUCCGGGCCCUUCCAUCAAUUCGGCUACUACGACGAUAGGAUAUUUAAUGUUGGCACAUGUGGUGAUUUUUAUAGUAGCUACCACACUACCAAGGACUAUCUCCCAAGCGUUCUCUAUGCUCGCAAUCCCUUCGAGAAAGCUCCUCUUUCCCAAAUACUUCACCAGAUUAGAAGUUUCUUAUAAAAGACGUUCUGAACGCAUUUCGGCUUAUCCGUAUACACGCCAACAAGGCACUUUUCACCCACGAAAGUGCUAUGAGUUUAACUUUCAAGUCAUCAAAUAUUUGACAUUAUCUACGAUGGUACUUCCUAUACCCUCGGAUGAGCGCAUCCUCCCAUCAGACACUAUAAAGUAUAUGAAUCAUUGCCCACUUAAGGCUUCUUUAAAAGAGUAA